AUCUAGGAAGCACCGGAGCUCCACCUUCCACGUGUAUCCUCCGCAGGAACCGGCGGAGAUGUGACGAGGGUAAAACAGACCGAAACCGGCGGACCUGAGAGGGAGAGACAGAAUCUGAAAAUGAAUGGCACCAGCAUGAUCUCGCUCAUCGUUCCUCCUAAAGAUCAGAUCUCCAGAGUGGCCAAGAUGUUGGCGGAUGAGUUUGGUACGGCGUCCAACAUCAAGAGUCGAGUAAACCGACUCUCAGUGCUGGGAGCCAUUACUUCAGUCCAGCAGAGACUCAAACUCUACAGCAAAGUGCCACAUAAUGGUCUGGUGGUUUACUGCGGGACUAUAGUGACAGAUGAAGGCAAAGAGAAGAAAGUCAAUAUCGACUUUGAGCCAUUUAAACCCAUCAACACCUCGCUGUACCUCUGUGACAACAAGUUCCACACCGAGGCUCUGACAGCACUAUUGACAGACGACAGUAAGUUUGGCUUCAUUGUUAUUGAUGGUAGUGGAGCUCUGUUCGGGACUCUACAGGGAAACACCAAAGAAGUGCUUCACAAAUUCACUGUGGACCUGCCCAAAAAACACGGAAGGGGAGGUCAGUCUGCUCUGCGUUUUGCUCGGUUAAGGAUGGAGAAGAGGCAUAAUUAUGUGAGGAAGGUUGCAGAGACAGCCGUGCAGCUCUACGUGUCCAAUGAUAAAGUCAAUGUGGUUGGACUGGUGCUGGCCGGAUCUGCCGACUUCAAGACGGAGCUCAGCCAGUCGGACAUGUUCGACCCGAGGUUGCAGGUGAAAGUGUUGAAGCUGGUGGACAUCUGUUACGGGGGAGAAAAUGGCUUCAAUCAGGCCAUCGAGCUCUCCGCUGAGAUCCUGAUCAAUGUCAAGUUCAUGCAGGAGAAGAAGUUAAUAGGCCGGUACUUUGACGAGAUCAGUCAGGACACUGGGAAGUAUUGUUACGGCGUUGAGGACACACUAAGGGCUCUGGAAAUGGGAGCUGUUGAAAUUCUCAUCGUCUAUGAAAACCAGGAGACAAUGAGAUACGUCUUAAAGCUACACGGAGCAGAGCUCAAUGGCUCCAAGAACGAUGAGAAAGUCAUUUAUUUGAGUCCAGAACAGGAGAGGGACAAAUCGCACUUCAUAGACAAAGAGGAGUGUGUUUUGUUGGGUUGUUUUCAGACGGGUCAUGAACACGAGCUCAUGGAGUGUAUGCCGCUGCUCGAAUGGUUCGCCAGUAACUAUAAGAAGUUUGGAGCGACUCUGGAGAUCGUGACGGACAAAAGUCAAGAGGGCUCGCAGUUCGUCAAGGGUUUCGGAGGAAUCGGAGGAAUUCUGCGGUACCGAGUGGAUUUCCACGGUUUGGAAUAUCAGGAAGAGGAGGAGCUGUUUGAUCUGGGUGACUACUAGGUGAGCUGAAGAGAAACAAGGGAAGAUUUGAGAUAUCUGGAAAAGGAAAAGUCUAUUUUUUUUUCUACAGACAGUGCGUGCUCAAUACACAAACAUGAUUGCAGAAGAGAAGUGUGCCAUCUGUCUAUUAAGAGCUCUUCCUGAAUAAUGAACAGUCUUGAAGCGUUCUGAUUGGACAGGACACAUUUUGUUUAUCCUCUUUGAAUUAACGUCACAGGACAAACCUGUUUUGGACUAAUUUUUAACUAUUUAAGUUAUUUUUAAUCACAUUUUUCCACUAUAAAUCAAAUUCUAGUCUUCCUUUGAAUUUUUGUUGCUGUAUUAUAGGACAGUGGCAAUUUUUUUACAUGGGUUUCUGUGAGCAAUGGGGAGAAACAGAAUAAAUUUGAAAAUACAGAAA